AAAUAUUACCCGAGGAGAUGGUGUUAUCUGCGAGUCUGCCUUCCCUUCGCACUCUGCAUAGAACUAGCUUCUAGUCAGUUUCUAAGGCUUCCUAAAGGCCGUGGGAUGAGGGGUAGACGAGACACAGCCACACAGGACAUGGGGGGCUCGUUGAUGUUUGUACACUAGGCUGAGAAGGUCGAGGCCUACGAGAUGAGCAGAUUCGUAUAAGUAGACAUCGCUUUGAUUUUGUUCCAAAUCGAUAUCCAUUAAGUAUGAUGGAAUACAUAUUAAGCAAGAACAAUGUCAACCGCUAACCUCCGUCCCGUUGAAGGAUACGACAAACUCGCCGCGUUCAUAGAAGCCGACCCGGGCCUAGCGAUUUUCCGACGUUUCACAAAGCUCAAUUUUAAAAGUAUUCUCUAUUACCAAGCAGAGAUAGCGAACCUCGAAGAGGAGCUCGACUUUCUCAUUCAGGAUGACAAGGACUCACAGGACGAGAAGAAGCAGCUGUAUCCCUUCUCCGUACGGGACCUAAAAGAGGGAAAUCCUACGCAAUGGUCGAAAUUUCAAGAAGCGCGGGAUUUGAUGGAAAAGUUUAACCAUGCUAUCAUUCAACAACGGGAGCUCAUGCGCCUCAGCACGCCAGAUAAAUGUGACCUGAACGUGCUUCGAGAGUGGCUUGACCGGCCUGAAGGCGGAAAUAUGUUCUUCGAAACAGCCGCCGAGAUGGACGUCUACCACAAACGGAACGAUGGUGACAUAAUCGCCCUUUUUAGCAGACAUGAAGGUGUCGAUAAUCUCACUCGACUGAUCUUCAAUCGAGUCGUCCCCUGGUUUCAUAAGCGCUGGGGUGAGAAAUAUGAAAGCAAUGAAAAUGGCGCCUGGCAGUAUAGUGACAAGAAGAUCAAGGCGUGCACCCACUUCUUCAGUGUCAUUAUAGCUGCGGUGCUGCCUGCAUCGUCAAUGAUAGUGCUAUACUUUAUAAAGGAUACCGCUAUCAGGAUGGUCACUAUCAUGCUGUAUAAUAUUGCCUUCUCCCUGGCACUCGGCUUGAUGGUCAGGGCUCGACGGGUUGAGAUCUUUGCCGCGGCUACUGCGUUCGCUGCGGUGAACGUGGCUUUGAUUUCGAACUCGGGAGACUGCCAAUGUUCCUGAAACCCAAAUAUCGAAUUCGACGAAUCUCGGCAUCAUAUUUCCAUAGCAGUAAUUACAGAUACCCAAUAGACUUCCAAAUAAACGCCAUUUUUAAUACAGUGACUACUACCCCCACGCCAACACCAACACGCUCUUCAGUGAGCAUCUACUCCACAACCAGGAC